GCCGCCGUCUCCAUGGCUGCGGCGGACACCGAGAUGUACCGCAAGGAGAAGAGCAUCCAGCUGAAGAGCAGCAGCGCGGCGCUGUACAACAACCUCAGCGUGCUGCGCCCCCCCGGCAGGCAGCUCCUCUGCUUCAGCGCCGUGCACGGCCCCAGCGUCACCGUGCUCAGCGCCGCCGCCGACGGGCUGGGCUUCUCCCACCGCCAGCUGCAGGCCAAGGAGGGCGGCAUGGCCGUCAGCACCUGCGUCCUCACGCAGGCUUCUUGGUGCGUCCUGCCGUCACGGGUCCUGCUGGUGCUGACGUCUCAGAAAGGGAUCCAGAUGUACGAGUCCGAUGGCUCCAUCAUGGUUUACUGGCACGCGCUGGAUGUCACAGAGCAUCCUCCAGCACAAGCAGUGUUUGCUCGAGGGAUCGCUGCAGCCGGUGGACGCUUCAUCUGCGUGGGGACGUCCUCCGGGCUGGUGCUGGUGUUUGACAUCCCCCCGAAAGGCACGAACAUCACGGUGAGCGAGGUCCUGGAGCAGCACCGUGACGCCAUCACCGACAUUGCGGCGGAGCUGGGCCGGGCUCCGGACGGGGCCGGUGACCUGGUGACCGCCGACGACGCUGGGACCCUCUGUGUCUGGAGCGCAGGAGAGGAGUUCACCCUGCUCAGCAAAAUCCCGGCCUUUGGCUGCGCCUGCUCCUCCGUGAAGCUGUGGAACGGCGUGGUGGCUGCUGGCUACGGAAACGGGCAGAUUCGGCUGUACGAGGCGGCGACAGGCCUCCUGCGCGCCGAGGUCAACGCUCACGCUCGAUGGAUCUACGCCCUGGACCUGGCACCACAGACGGGAAAGCUGCUGUCGGGCGCGGAGGACUCCUUUGUUCAUGUCUGGAAGCUCAGCACGAACCCGGACACCGACGAUGUCGAGAUCGAUCACUGCCACGCCGAGUGCGUGACCGACACGCAGGUCUGCGGUGCCCGCUUCUGCGACCCCGAGGGAAACUCCUUUGCCGUGACUGGCUACGACCUGAGUGAGAUCUUCCGUUACGCCCGGGCGUAGGCUGCAAGCUGCCGGAGAGCUGGGCUACCCUGACACCGCGGUGCAUCGGCACCGAGGCACCACAAGCAAGGGGGGUUCUGCACGGACCCCCCCCAACUUCUGCUCCAUGGGGCCCAGGCAGCGGCACAGAAGUCUGUGCAAAGGCGGAGCUGAGCCAGGACCCCCCCUUGUCCCCAGAGCAAACCCGCCGGCGGCGCGUCCACACGCAGGGCACGUGGCUUGGAGCCGCUCUGGCUCCACCGGAGCCCAGGGGGUCCCUGGGCCGGGCGCUGUCCUCCCGCCUGCCCCCCCCCAGCCCUUCCCGGAGGGAUGGGGGCAGCGGGGCGGGGAGCGGAACCGGCUCCCCUGUUCUCUGCGUCUGGUUCAGACGGGAACGGGUCCAGGACAAACCUGCGUUACACGCUGCUCCGGCCGGGAGAACCGCAGGAGCCGGUCCCACCCGGGGCGGCGGCGCCUCGUGGGUGCAGCACCCGUGGGGCCACCCUGCCCCGGGGCAGCACGGUUCCCCAGGCGGAGGAGAGGAGCCGCUCGUCCCCCCCCCCAGAAGCCGUGGGGGCAGGCGGGUCCCCGUGGGACCGGCAUCCCCCCGGGCCGCUGGCCAGACGUGCGGGGCUGUGGCUGUGCUCGGGGCUGGAGGGGGCAGAGGCCGCUGCACCGCGCUCUGCCCGGACCCCCAGGGACCGUCCCGGGGGUCACCGCCGGCUCUGCCCGGACCCCUCCCGCGGCCGGGAGCGGCUGUGGCCCCCGGGACCAGCUCGGCCUGCGGCUCCGCUCCCAGGGCCCUGCGGGGCCGGAGGUGCACAGAGGGGCCCAGCCCCAGGGCCGGGGGGGUGAGCUCAGCCGGGACAGGCCCUGGGGGGGCGGGGACCCCCAGCUUGCCCCCCCCCCCCCCCGCAGCCCCCAGCCCCUCCUGCUAUGCUGGAGCGAGAGCUGCGGCCAGGGAUCUGCCUCCCCCCACCCCCCCGUGCUGCCCAAUCCCCAAGCUUU